AUGAAAAUCAUGUCGGAUAACUUCACAUCUGUGUGUGUACAAGAUUUCAAACAUUACGCUGUUCCGUUCAGCAUUUCUUGGACUGCUCUAAGCGUGUUAGUCAUCGCUCAAAGUUUACUAAUAACAUUUAUCAUUUGGCGAAGCCCAACACUCCACACGAAUACAAAUAUGCUUGUUUUGUCCGUGACCGCGUCUGAUAUAUUUUGGGCUGUUUCUUGUAUCAUCAAUGCAACAUUAAACACAGCCUUAUCUAAUAACAUGGUCGCCAACGCAGUUUUGUUGGAUACAUUCUUGAUGGGAGUUUCGUACUCAUCUCUCAUGUUGUCCAUGAACCAGUUAGGAGUUAUCGCAGCUGAUCGCUACAUCAACAUUGUCCAUCCGUUCUUCUACAUCAAACACAUAACCAGGAGGCGUGUUGUGACAAUAAUUAUUUGUUACUGGAUUCUAGCUAUUGUUUAUGGAGCAAUCCCACUACUUGUUUACGGCGAUACUAAUUUACAUUGUGAACUUAUUUUUGAUUUUAACUCUCUAUAUAAAAAUUGCUGUUUUAGCUUACAGGCGUAA